AUUAGACACGCAUAUACUCCUACAUACAGACAGACACAGGGAAGAGAACAAAAUAAUACGGUCUAAAAAAGAGACACCCCAACCGUGUUCUUCCCCUCGACUCAACAAAACCAAUUCUAGGGUUUCCUCCCUCUACAACACUCUCCCCCUCCUUUCUCUCUCUACGACCACAGACUAUCACUGGUCGUGAUUCUCUGGUCCUUGAUUACGAUAAUAUAUUCCAUUUGAUUAAUCAACAUCAGAUUCCAGGGUGAAAAAGUUCAAAACGGAUCCUAGGGUUUGUUAUUUGGGGGGGGUUUUGUGAUUAACGAGCUGAUACGUCGAAAAAGCUUCGAUUUUUCCGAUCGAAUUCGCGGAUUAGGGUUUGUAACCGAUGACAGGGCAUUGCGGAUCGGGGAUCGCUUGAUCGCCGCCCCGUACGCCGCCGUUUUGAAAGGUGGGGUUUAUCCUUUGUAUGGAAACUCGCAGCCGUAAGCGGGCGGAGGCCACCUCAUCAGCAUCCUCUGGUCCCACCACCCGUAGCAACAAGCGCUCUCGUCUCUCCUCCUCCACCUCAACCACCACCGCCACCACCACCCCAAACGCCGCCGUCUUAACUCGCUCACGCGUCACUCGGUCCCAAGACUCGUCCACUCCUCCGAUGGACUUAGCGAUGAACGAGUCGUCCGGCUCUGGCUCGCGCCGACGUGGCAAGAAUUCGGAUAAGGAUGAUAAAGGAAAAGAAAAAGAGCACGAAGUUAGGGUUAGGGAUAGAGAGAGAGAAGUAGCAGCAGCGGCAGCGGCGGCAGCCGAGAGAGCCCUAGGGCUGAACAUCGACGGUCCCGGCCCCGCCGCCUCCGAUGACGAGGACAACGACGACGGCAGCGAGGGCGGCGGCAACGGCGGAGGCGGCGUCGGGAUCCUCCACCAGAACCUCACGUCGGCCAGCAGCGCACUCCAGGGGCUUUUACGUAAAUUAGGCGCUGGGCUCGACGACUUGCUGCCCUCAUCGGGGAUAGCUUCGGCAUCGUCGUCGUCACACCAGAACGGGCGGCUGAAGAAGAUUUUGUCGGGGCUGAGGGCGGACGGGGAGGAGGGGAAGCAGGUCGAGGCGUUGACACAGCUGUGUGAGAUGCUGUCGAUCGGUACAGAGGAGUCGUUGAGUACAUUUUCGGUGGAUUCGUUUGUGCCGGUGCUGGUGGGUUUGCUGAACCAUGAGAGCAAUCCUGAUAUCAUGCUGCUUGCGGCGAGGGCGCUGACGCACUUGUGCGAUGUGCUGCCGUCAUCUUGCGCCGCGGUGGUGCAUUACGGUGCGGUUUCGUGCUUUGUUGCAAGGUUGCUGACGAUUGAGUACAUGGACUUGGCUGAACAGUCCCUUCAAGCUCUGAAGAAGAUAUCUCUGGAACACCCAACUGCUUGUUUGAGAGCAGGUGCACUCAUGGCAGUCCUUUCGUAUCUGGACUUUUUCUCCACGGGAGUACAGCGAGUUGCUUUGUCUACUGCGGCAAAUAUGUGCAAGAAACUUCCUUCGGAUGCUGCUGACUUUGUAAUGGAAGCUGUUCCUUUGUUGACAAACCUCCUUCAGUAUCACGAUGCCAAGGUGUUAGAGCAUGCUUCUGUCUGCUUGACUCGAAUUGCUGAAGCAUUUGCAUCUUCCCCGGGUAAGCUGGAUGAAUUGUGUAAUCAUGGACUGGUUACGCAAGCUGCCUCGCUCAUUUCCACAAGCAAUUCUGGAGGUGGUCAGGCUUCUCUUAGCACACCCACAUACACGGGUUUAAUCCGACUGCUUUCCACAUGCGCAAGUGGAUCUCCUCUAGGAUCCAAAACUUUGCUACUCCUUGGCAUCAGUGGUAUUCUUAAGGAUAUACUAUCAGGGUCUGGCCUAGUUGCUAGCAUCUCUGUUUCAGCUGCCUUGAGCAGACCCCCAGAGCAGAUUUUUGAGAUUGUGAACCUCGCAAAUGAGCUUCUUCCGCCAUUGCCACAAGGUACCAUAUCCCUCCCUGCCAGCAGUAAUCUAUUUGUUAAAGGAUCUCUUGUGAAGAAGUCACCUGCCAGCAGUUCUGGCAAACCAGAGGAUUCAAAUGAAAGUGUAACCGAGAUUUCAGCUCGAGAGAAGUUAUUAAAUGACCAGCCUGAACUUCUUCAGCAAUUUGGAGUGGAUCUUCUUCCAGUGCUAAUUCAGAUAUAUGGAUCCAGCGUGAAUGGUCCCGUGCGACACAAAUGUCUUUCGGUUAUUGGGAAAUUGAUGUACUUCAGCAGUGCAGAUAUGAUCCAGACUCUAAUAAAUGCGACAAACAUAUCGAGUUUUUUGGCUGGGGUUUUAGCAUGGAAAGAUCCACAAGUUUUGGUUCCUGCUCUUCAAAUAGCAGAGAUUCUAAUGGAAAAACUCCCGGGUACAUUCUCCAAGAUGUUUGUGAGGGAAGGUGUGGUUCAUGCUGUAGAUGCACUUAUUGUAUCUGGGCCUUCUAAUACUGCUCAAUCCCAACCAUCUUCCACUGAGAAGGAUAAUGAUUCUAUAACUGGGACAUCAUCCUCACGUAGACGGUAUCGGCGACGAAGUGGCAACUCAAACACAGAUUUACACACUACUGAAGAUUCAAAAAGUCCAAUUCCUAUUGUUGGUUCACCUCCGAGCUCAGUGGAAAUUACGCCUGCCAACUCAAGUCUUCGUAUGGCAGUCAGUGGUUUUGCCAAGGUUUUCAAAGACAAAUACUUCCCUUCAGAUCCAGGGGCCACUGAAGUUGGAGUUACAGAUGAUCUUAUACAUUUAAAGAAUCUCUGCAUGAAGUUGAAUGGUAGCGUUGACGACCAGAAGACUAAGUCGAAGGGGAAGUCUAAAGCUUCUGGGUCACGCUUUGCUGAUUUUUCUGUGAGUAAAGAGGAGAACUUAGUUGGGGCGAUUUCUGAGAUGCUUGCGGAACUAAGCAAAGGGGAUGGUGUCUCCACUUUUGAGUUCAUUGGUAGUGGAGUGGUUGCCGCUUUACUGAACUACUUUUCCUGUGGAUACUUUUCCAAGGAAAAAAUUUCAGAAGCUAACCUUCCCAAGCUCCGCCAACAAGCAAUCAAAAGGUACAAGUCUUUCAUUGCAGUGGCUCUCCCUUCCACUAUUGAUGAAGGUAAUGUGGCUCCUAUGGGUGUCUUGGUUCAGAAGCUUCAAAAUUCUUUGUCCUCCUUAGAGCGCUUUCCUGUUGUGUUGAGCCAUACUUCUCGACCAUCAAGCGGAAGUGCACGUCUCUCUUCUGGUCUUAGUGCAUUGUCCCAGCCAUUUAAGUUGCGGCUCUGUAGAGGCCAAGGAGAAAAAUCCCUUCGUGAUUAUUCUUCCAAUGUUGUUUUAAUUGAUCCGUUGGCAAGUUUAGCAGCUGUAGAAGACUUCCUCUGGCCUCGAGUCCAAAGAAGUGACUCUGGACAGAAGCCCUCUGGAUCUGCCGCUAAUUCUGAGUCUGGGACCACACCUACUGGAGCUGGUGUUUCAUCACCAUCCACUUCUACUCCUGCUUCCACCACUCGUCGCCAUUCUACUAGAUCCAGAUCAUCUGUUAAUAUUGGAGAUACAGCCAAAAAGGAGUUGUCACAAGAGAAAAGUGCUAGCUCAUCAAAGGGUAAGGGCAAGGCUGUUUUAAAGCCUGCUCAGGAGGAGGCAAGGGGACCUCAAACAAGAAAUGCCCGAAGAAGAGCAGCUUUGGAAAAAGAUGCUCAAAUGAAGCCUGUAAACGGAGACUCAAGUUCUGAGGAUGAGGAGCUGGAUAUUUCACCUGUUGAGAUUGAUGAUGCAUUGGUGAUUGAAGAUGAUGAUAUAUCGGAUGAAGAUGACGAUGAACAUGAUGAUGUACUUGGAGAUGAUUCUCUUCCCGUAUGCAUGCCAGACAGAGUACAUGAUGUUAAAUUGGGUGAUUCAACUGAGGAUGGUCCUGUUGCCCCUGCAGCAAGUGAUAGCCACACCAAUCCAGCUUCUGGUUCUAGUAGCAGAGCUGCUACAGCAAGGGGCUCAGACUCUACUGACUUCAGGAGUGGCAACUCCAUUGGUUCAAGGGGUGCCAUGUCAUUUGCCGCAGCUGCCAUGGCUGGGCUUGCAUCUGCAAAUGGUAGAGGUUUCAGGGGAGGCAGAGAUCGGCAUGGGCGCCCUCUAUUUGGUUCCAAUGAUCCUCCUAGACUAAUUUUUUCUGCAGGUGGGAAGCAACUUAAUAGGCACCUGACUAUCUAUCAGGCUAUCCAAAGGCAGCUUGUGCUAGACGAAGAUGAUGAGGAGAGAUAUACAGGCAAUGAUCUUGUAUCUAGCGAAGGAAGUAGGUUGUGGGGUGAUGUUUAUACCAUAACCUAUCAAAGGGCAGACACCCAGACAGGACCUGCGUCAAAUGCAGCCGGAGCAUUGAAUGCUACAACGACCUCUAAAUCUACGAAGGUGGGGUCUGGGUCAAAUUCUAACACUGCGGAUUCAUCUUUGCAAAGGACGUCGCUUCUUGAUAGUAUUUUACAGGGGGAGCUUCCUUGUGAUCUGGAAAAAAGUAAUUCUACUUACAAUAUAUUAGCUCUGUUACGCGUAUUAGAUGGUUUGAAUCAGCUUGCUCCCCGAUUGAGAGUCCAGGCUGUGACGGACAGUUUUGCUGAAGGAACAAUUUUGAGUCUGGAUGAGAUUACUGCUACCGGCAUUAGGGUUUCUCCUGAGGAGUUUAUAAACAGCAAGCUAACUCCGAAAUUGGCAAGACAAAUACAGGAUGCCCUAGCGCUCUGCAGUGGGAGUCUUCCCUCAUGGUGUUACCAGUUGACAAAAGCAUGUCCUUUUUUGUUUCCUUUUGAGACAAGGAGGCAGUACUUUUAUUCUACUGCUUUUGGUCUAUCGAGGGCUCUAUCUAGGCUUCACCAGCAACAGGGUGUUGAUGGUCACGGAUCGACCAAUGAAAGAGAAGUUAGAGUUGGGAGAUUACAACGCCAGAAAGUGCGCGUCUCUCGUAACCGAAUUCUGGAUUCCGCUGCGAAAGUGAUGGAGAUGUAUUCAAGCCAAAAGGCUGUUCUUGAAGUGGAAUAUUUUGGUGAAGUUGGAACUGGGUUGGGUCCUACGUUGGAGUUCUACACUCUUCUAAGUCAUGAUUUGCAAAAAGUUGGACUUGCAAUGUGGAGGUCAAAUUCUUCACCUGAUAGGACUUCAAUGGAAGUUGAUGGAGUUGAACAAAGAAAUGUGAUGUCCGUUAGUGAUCUUGUCCAAGCUCCUCUCGGAUUGUUCCCUCGUCCUUGGCCAGCUAAUGCUGAUGCUUGCGAGGGUAGCCAAUUUUCCAAAGUUGUUGAAUAUUUUCGGCUUGUUGGGCGGGUGAUGGCCAAAGCUCUUCAAGAUGGGCGACUUUUGGACCUCCCAAUGUCCACUGCAUUUUAUAAACUUGUUCUUGGUCAGGAGCUUGAUUUGCAUGACAUUCUUUCCUUUGAUGCUGAACUUGGGAGGACUCUGCAAGAAUUGCAAGCAAUUAUUGCCCGGAAAAAGUAUAUUGAAUCAAUGGGUAGUCAGAGUUGUGAACAAAUUUCUGAUUUACGUUUUCGUGGGGCGUCAAUAGAAGAUCUCUGUUUCGAUUUCACGCUCCCUGGGCAUCCAGAUUACGCGCUGAAACCAGGCGAAGAGAAUGUGGAUAUCAAUAACUUGGAGGAGUACAUAUCCUUGGUGGCUGAUGCUACUGUCAAGACAGGAAUUCUGAGGCAAAUGGAAGCAUUUAGGACCGGGUUUAAUCAAGUCUUUGACAUCACGACUCUUCAAAUAUUUUCUCCUCAUGAAUUGGACUAUCUUCUGUGCGGCCGUAGAGAGCUGUGGGAGGCUGAGACACUUGUAGAUCACAUCAAAUUUGAUCAUGGAUACACCGCCAGGAGCCCUGCAAUUGUUAAUUUGCUUGAGAUCAUGGGAGAAUUUACCCCAGAGCAGCAGCGAGCUUUUUGUCAGUUCGUUACUGGUGCACCUCGGCUUCCACCUGGAGGUCUGGCAGUGCUGAACCCAAAGUUGACAAUUGUGAGAAAGCAUUCUUCAACAACUAGUAAUAUAAUGGCCAACGGGACCGGAUUAUCAGAAUCAGCCGAUGAUGACUUGCCGAGUGUAAUGACAUGCGCUAAUUACCUCAAGCUUCCUCCCUACUCUACCAAGGAAAUUAUGUUCAAGAAACUACUCUAUGCAAUAAGUGAAGGGCAGGGAUCUUUUGAUUUGUCAUGAGUUCUCAAAGUAACCAAUGAAUUUGUGCAUAUCACAUCGGAAGAUUGUCGGGUUCGUUUCUCAAUCGGGCAAUUUCAGUGUUGGAAGUAGCUUCUUUUCAUGCUCAAAUAUCUCCCUUUUUUUUUUGGUGCUUUUCUUCUCAAUGGCGGCACUUCUGAGGUUAGUGCUUCUGUGCACGUUAGAUCAUGGGUGGGGUUAGCUGCCAGGGUCUUCGUCCAACAGUUUCAUUGCACCAUGAAUGUUUAUUUUGUUUUGGAUAGAGCUUUAUUGGGUGUUCUUUAUUCAGGGCUAUUCAGGGCGAAUGAUCUAGAAGCUUCUCCGAGGAAUGGAAUUUUGAGGCUAUUUUCUUCUGCUGCAAGUGCAUGUAAAUAAAUAGGAAUUUCUGAUGAUUCUCCUCUUAUUUCUACUUGCAACUCUCUUGAGUAUAUUCAUGUGCGGGCAUGCAUUCGGCCCGCCUUUUCUGCUUAUAAAUUUAAUUGGUGCAUCUUUUGCUGGAUAUUUUUUCCCCAGAAUGAAUAAGCUAGUGGUAGAAAGUAAAGAAGGUAAACGAUUUAUAGGUUUUUUUUGGUAUGGUGCCUAUUGAUACCAACUCAUUUCUCAC